GUCGGCUUUCCGUUCUCACUGUGACUUGUGCUUUGGUUCUCUCUCUCUCUUUCUCUCUCUACCUCAAAUUCGAUAUCUCUGUUGUCUCUAUUUAUUACCGGCGGCGACCGGAGAAUCGGUGACGUCGGAGAUCGGGGACUGUACGGACCAACGGAAGGACAAAGAUGAAGGUUUUCGUCAAGACUCUCAAAGGCACUCACUUCGAGAUCGAAGUGAAACCCGAAGACACUGUUGCUGAUGUGAAGAAAAAUAUAGAAACAGUUCAAGGUCCAGAUGUUUAUCCUGCCACCCAACAGAUGCUUAUCCAUCAGGGGAAAGUUCUGAAGGAUGCAACAACUCUGGAGGAAAAUAAAGUUGCUGAAAAUACUUUUAUUGUCAUUAUGUUAACUAAAAAUAAGGUUGCAUCAAGUGGGUCUUCAACCACAUCAGCUGCGCCUUCAACUCAGGCUCAACCUGCAAGUGCAUUGCCUCCCCCGACAACAGCAUCUCAAGCUCCUGCCUCAACCGUGGUUCCUCCACAAUCAGCCCCAGAAUCUUCUCCAGCCCCAGCUCCAGCUCCAGCUCCGGCUCCAGCUCCGGUCUCUGCUGCUGCUGCUCCUGCUCCUGCUUCUUCAGAAUCAGAUGUCUAUGGCCAAGCAGCAUCAAAUCUUGUUGCUGGAAAUAACUUAGAGUCUACCAUUCAACAAAUUCUUGAUAUGGGUGGAGGGAGUUGGGAUAGGGAUACAGUUGUCCGUGCUCUGCGUGCUGCGUAUAACAACCCUGAGAGAGCUGUUGAAUACCUAUAUUCUGGUAUUCCUCAGCAAGCUGAAGUUCCACCUGCAACCCAAGCUCCUGCAAGUGGGCAGGCCGUAAAUCCUCCUGUCCAGGCUCCACAACCAGCAGUUCCUUCCAGUGGGCCCAAUGCAAAUCCUUUAGACCUCUUUCCACAGGGCCUUCCAAAUGUAGGUUCAAACACAAGUGCAGGCACCUUGGAUUUCCUACGCAACAGUCAACAGUUUCAAGCUUUGCGAGCUAUGGUGCAAGCCAACCCUCAAAUCUUGCAGCAUAUGCUUCAGGAGUUGGGAAAACAAAAUCCAAACCUGAUGCGGCUCAUUCAAGAGCACCAGGCCGACUUUCUGCGCUUGAUCAAUGAACCUGUUGAAGGGGGGGAGGGGAAUGUGCUGGGACAAUUGGCUGGAGCAAUGCCACAGGCUGUGACCGUCACACCUGAAGAGCGUGAGGCAAUUGAGCGUCUUGAAGCAAUGGGUUUUGAUCGAGCUUUAGUGUUGGAAGUUUUUUUUGCGUGCAACAAGAAUGAGGAGCUGGCUGCAAACUAUCUUUUAGAUCACAUGCACGAGUUUGAUGAGUGAUGCAGGUUGAAAUACGAAGUGUUCUUUCCUGUUUCUUAUCAAUUUCUACUUCUAAAGUGUUCUGACUCUAUCUGGUAUGGUGGUCAAAUUUAAUUUCAUUAUUAAGUGUCUCAAGGUGUUUCAACUUUUAAGGCUUAGUUAUUAAAAUUAUCUGAAUCACAACUUUUAAGAUGUUCAUGGCCUCUUCCUAUCCUCGGACCUUACAGCAUUUUUCUCAUUUUUCUUGUUUUGGAGGUACGUGUAAAUUUGUGAUGGACUAUGAUAUAUGUCCUUUCCGUUCCCUGUUUUA